AUGUCUGAAGAUCUCGACAGGAUACUUUCUAUUGAGGAAUCGUCACUCAACAGAAAUCGCGAAAUAGACAGAAUUCUCGCAUGUAAUGAGCAAGAUUUCUUUGCCAUCACUGAAAUCAACCCUUUAACCACAACUUUUGACGUCAUUCCACUGUUGAUUACCAAGAUAUAUCGAAAAAAGUCACUUCUUAUACAUCCUGACAAAACGGAUCAUCCUCGUGCAUCAGAGGCAUUUGAUAGACUUAAAAAGGCACAAAAGGUUCUUGCCACAACCGAUGAAAGUGAGCAGGAUUUCAAGGAAAAGCAAAGAUUGAUGUCAAUCUAUGCCGCAUUCCACUCAAAUGAAGUACCUUUGAGUUUUAACGAUCCAAUAAAUGUUGCAAUAAGAUCCAAAGUGAACGAGGUAGUUGAAAACGAGUUGGCGCAUCUGGAAUUGGAGAGAUUGGCCAAAGUAAGCGAGGAAACAAGAAAGAGUGAAAUACAGAAACACUUGAGAGAAGAAGUAGAAUUGAAACGAAAGAUGGAAAGCGAGUGGGAAAAGACUCGAGAUACAAGGGUUCAAAAUUGGAGAAAGUAUUCAAACAAAAUCGAAAAGAAGGGGAAAAAGAAAAAGCAAAAACCCAAGGUGUUGGCAUAG